AUGCACAUCCUUAGUGUAACCGCGGCUGUGGCCGUCUUUCUCGGCGCCGCAAAUGUCGUCGCCCAGGUCCCGCAGCUCCCAGUCCCAACGACAUGCACCGGUGUCUCCGCUAUGCGCUUCCCGCAAUACACUGUCGCUCCAGGCUGGCAGUUUUUGAAGAUUGCCGGGGGUCUCCAGGGCGUCCGAACGAUCGUUUUCGAUCCCCUCGGCAACAUGCUCGUGUCGGAAGCCAGGAAGGGCAUUUCGAUCCACACCUUUGGCGAAAAUGGCUGCAUUAGUGCCUCCACUAUGCUGAUCUCUGAUAUUUCACUUAACCAUGGCCUUGCUCUUACCCCAGAUGGCAAGACGCUAUAUGCUAGCUCCGAAAGGAAUGCGAUGUCGUGGACGUACGAUCCGGCCACGAGGACAGUUUCUAAUAAGAAGACGGUCGUCACUGGGAUGGACUCGGGCAUCCAUUCCACACGGAACUUGCUCGUUUCGCCCAAGUCGCCCAACUUGGUCAUGCUGCAAGUCGGCAGCAAUUCGAACUUGGACAUGCAGUCGGUCCAGGCAGCCACGGGGCGAGCCAUUGUCAAGAUCUUCGAUAUGGACAAGGCCCCGGCCAACGGAUUCAACUACAAGACCGACGGCGAGGUUCUUGCCUGGGGACUCCGAAAUGAGAUUGGUUUUACGGCCGAUCCCAAUGGCCAUGUCUGGGGUGUCGAGAACAGCGGUGAUGACUUUAGGCGUAAUGGAGCCGAUAUUCAUAUCGACAACCCGGCCGAGAAGCUGAACUUCCUUGGUGAUCCCACCAAGGACAGGGAUCAAUUCUUUGGUUAUCCCGACUGCUUCUCCGUCUGGGAUCCCACUCCAUUCAACGGCCAGCUGAAGACCGGCGACCACUUCGUCAUCAAUUCGCAGGGUGGCAAUACGGACGCGGGCUGCAAUGACCGAGCCAUCAAGCCGCGUCUCACUUUCCAAGCACAUAGCGCUCCCAUCUGGAACAGCUUCGACGCCAACGCCACCAACAUGUACGUUACUUUCCACGGCUCAUGGAAUCGUCAGCCUGCCACUGGUUUCAAGGUUGUCGAAAUUCCCUUCACCCAGCUUGAGAACGGACAAUACGACCCCGUCGCUGCCCCAGACAGCCGAGAGGGAUACAAGGAUAUCUUCGGCGCCACCAACCCGGGAAGCUGCACUGCUAACGGUUUGACCAUGAGCAACUGCUUCCGUCUCACAGCAUCGACUUGGGACCCCGCCGGCCGUGGCUUGUUCGUCGGCAGUGAUAAUGCCAGCGAGGGCGAGAUUUAUCUCCUAUCUAAGAAGGCUUAG